AGUUUGAAAUGUAAACAAAAUUUUUCGUUGGAAACGCUAAGAUAAACAAACAAAAAUCUACAAAUCAUACAAAAAGUUCAAAAACAUUUUCUAACAAACGAUGGAAGAAGAAUCAGAAAACUUAGCUACUCAAAACGAAAACACUGACAAGAUUGAUAAAAGCAAUUUUAAAUUUAAAAAAGACGAAAAUGGAUUGAUUUUAACAAUUCAUCAUACAAUUAAUGAAAAUGGUAAUUUAGUAAGAAUUCGUUUAGUUGCUGGAUGUUUUAAUGAAACUAAUCGACAAUUCCUUACUGUCGACAAUAGGGGAAACGUUUUUGUAUUUGAUUUGGCCAAAAAGAAAUUCUGGAAACUUUUAGAAAAAAUUCCAAAAGCAUGUCUAAUUCGAAACAUUCCUGAUCAGCGACAUGUGUAUCUUAUAGCCACCAAACAAGGCCAAAUUUUCUGGGUUGAUGUUGAAAAUUCGGUGAUAAUUCACUCGGAAAUAUAUUCGGAAAACCGAAUAUCGAACAUCUCAUUUCCCGGUGUUCCACUUCAGCCUCAACUCGCAGUUGUCCAUUGCCAUCAUGACGCAAUCCUUUUGAAUUAUGAAACCUUCGAAGCCUCACAUCGUCUUGAAUUCAAUCAGGCAAAGAUUUCUCUUAAAUUUGUCUCCUAUAUUCCACAAAGUGACCAGAUUUUUACAUGUUUCACUAAUGACUCAGUUCAUAUAUGGUCAGGAAUUACACUAAGUACAAUCCGAACCCAUAAUCCUAUUCGAACACGGGAUAGAUUUCUCAUGAAUAAGGAACCACUUGAAAUUCGACUUCACGAUGACUUGUCUGAAACUGAAUCCACAGAGUCUAAAUUUGAAAUUAAUUGUCAAGAAAUCAAAGAACUCUCGAAAGGUUUAAUAAAUUCCUUUAGUUUUUCCUCAGAUGGUAGCAUUGUUUGCUUUACUACUAUCGACAAUUUUAUAAUUAUAAUGUCCUCAGUGAGCUUUGAGCUACUGAAAGUAAUCAAGCUCCUCGAUUCUACUUUACGCGGAUGCUGGAUCUUACCCAAGAGCAAUGAAAAUAUUCUGCUCUGUCAGACUACCAAACACCAGCUUAUGUUUGUCGACAUCGACAAAUCUGGUCCCAAGGUUUUAAUCGAACCAAAAGACUGCUCUGUAGUUGGAGUCUCAAAAGAUAAAGAAUUAUUCUACACCAUACGAUACACAGGUGAAGCGAAUAUUUAUAGCGUUAGCACGCUGAUUGACUGCCUUAAAUCUGCCCAAAAUUGUGUUCAAAUGCUACGCACUGCCAUGACCCAGCCAAAGGCUCUUUCGGUGAAUUGUUUCGAUAACAAAUUGAGGAAAAUGCUAACUAAAAAUCGCCUUAUUCCGAUUCUCAAAGAAUAUGGCCAAUAUCCGAGUAAAUAUCGACUGCUCAUCUGGGCUGCUCUCUUGGAUAUUCCGUGCAAUAAGUCGAAAUUUGCGGAAUUAAUCAAGAUGGGAACUACCCAAACAGCUGCAGCUUUCAAUGCUAGUUUAAAAUUGAAAGAUUCAAAUUCUCGGAGAAAUCUCAUAAGAAUAUUCUCGUGUUUGGGUCAUUGGUCGAAAGUUUUUGGCCACAGUGAUUUUGUUCCUCAAUUUAUAUUUCCAUUUGUGAAAGUUUUCUCCAACAGUCUGACUGUUUGUUUUGAGGUGAUUGCCACGACCCUCACAAAUCAAUGUCAAUUAUGGUUCGAGUUCCAUCCCCUGGAGCCUCUGAACUAUUUGGGAAUGUGUGAAAAUGUCCUGAACCAUUUCGAUCCGGCGCUAGCCAAAUUUUAUUCGGAAAAUGCUAUUACAGCAAAGGAGUAUGCUUGGUCGAUUAUGGCCAAUGGAUUCUCCGAGAUUCUAGACGACGAACAAUGGUUGUGUUUGUGGGAUAAUAUCCUUUCUAGUCCGCCGUAUUUUAUGAUCUUCUGUGGCGUGGCUUACAAUAUCGUCCAGCGAGAAACAAUUCUACGGCUGGAGGGCAAAGAGGAGAUCGCAGAAUUCUUCCACGAACAGAAUCCCGUUGAUAUGAAAAAAUUCAUAAAAAAAGCUUAUCACUUGAUGGAUAAGUGUCCAGAUGAUUUGCAUCCGCGGCGUUACAUGAAGGAUUUUACAAAACUGCCCAAAGGAGUUUAUCCUAAAUUCCAAAACUAUCCUAAAAAAUGGUUGGAAGCACAAGAAACCGAAAUGGAUACCAUACGACGGGAGAGGCAAGCUAUUGACACCAGAAUGCGGGAAUUAGAGAGAGACGAGGCCCUGAUGAUUGAGAAAUUGGAACGGGGAUUGCAACAGGAAGAAUAUGCCAAACGAAUGAAAGAAAUGCAAAACCAAUAUCAGGAGAUGCUCCGACACGAAGAAGAACGGAUAUCGUAUCAACGAAAAAUGCUAGUUUUAUAUCAAAAGCAAUUGCGUCAACAGAAAGGUAAAGUAAUUGAAUUGAUUGAGGAAUCAGCACGAAGACGCAAGCAAAAUCUUCAAGAAAGUGAAUUGGACACUUUGCUAAGGGACAUUGAAAGAGAGCGCCAACGCAACGAAAUAGAUUUAACAAUUGCCGAAGAACACAUCAAAGACCAGGACAUGGAAUUACUUUCACAAAAAUAUGGAAUUGAUGAUAUUUUAAGCGAAAAUGAUUAUCAACCGAUGAGAAGUAAAUUUAGGAAAACAAUUAGUAAAAUUAAUGAAGGGAAAAAAGGACUCAAAAAUGAUUUAGAAAAUAUCCUAAGAGAUGAUGCAAGUAAAAAAGAUGAUAGUGGUAAAGGUCUAUCGGAUAGUGCUUUAAAUGAAAUUGAAUCAUCUGUCCGAGAUUUAGAAAAAGAAUUCCAAUCAGUACUUUAAUGUUUUUCAUAGCGAUAAUUAUUUUAGUAGUAAAUUAUUUAUUUCAAAAUGAAA